UACUGGGGUUCAAGUCUCUGCUCCAAACAUUGAGGAGUCCCAGCAACAGUUUAGGGGAGCCAGGAGUUGGGAGCCCAAUCCCUCCCCUUAGUUGUGGGGACAGCUGAGCCAGGGGUCAGGCUGCAGUGGGGAGGCCAGAAGAGGCGGAGACAGCCAGGAUUGGGAGGGGAGGCAGCAGCGUGGGCGGCUGCCAGAGACAGGGAAAGCCCAGCAGAGAGGAAAGAGAAACUGGGAGAGGGAGGAAGAGAGAAAGUGAGGAAGAGCACUUGAAAGAGAAGAAAGGAAACAGAUGUGUCUGGCUAGGGAGAAAGAGAGACUGAGCGCAGAGAGAGGGACUAGAGGAGGGAGAUAAGACAGGAGGGGUGGGGAGUUUCACAGGAGCAGUAAGGUGAGGAGAGGGAAGGUGACAUAGGUAGACAAGGGGAGGGGGGAGAGAGAGAGAAAGAGGGAGAGAAGGAGAGAGAGACAGAGAGAGAGACACACACAGAGAGAAGCAGACAUCAGGUGUGGAGAGACAGCCCUGAAGAGGCAGUGUGUGAGCAGGCAGAUCCUGUGGGACACCAGAGCUGGAGCUCUCGAUGGAGCAGGACCAGGACCGACCGCGGAGCAGCCUGAGCCUGGCCAGCAGCGCUUCCACUGCAUCUUCUCUGAGCAGCCCGAGCACCAAGAAGCCUACCCGUGCGGUACACAGGGUCCAUGCCUUUGGAAAAAGGAACAAUGCACUUCGGCGAGACCCCAACCUGCCCGUGCACAUACGUGGCUGGCUGCACAAGCAGGACAGCUCAGGCCUCCGGCUGUGGAAACGCCGUUGGUUCGUCCUCUCAGGACACUGCCUCUUCUACUACAAGGACAGCAGAGAGGAGAGUGUCCUGGGCAGUGUACUCUUACCCAGCUACAGCGUCAGACCGGAUGGGCCAGGAGCCCCACGGGGCCGGCGAUUCACCUUCACAGCAGAGCACCCGGGCAUGAGGACCUAUGUCCUUGCAGCUGACACACUGGAGGACCUAAGAGGCUGGCUGCGAGCUCUGGGGAGGGCCUCUCGCGCAGAAGGGGAGGACUGUGGACUACCUAGGUCACCUGCACGUCCCCAGCCGGGAGAAGGUCCCGGGGGUCCCGGGGGGCCUCCAGAGGGGAGCAGAAGGGAAGAGGGGCGCAUCUCGGAAUCACCAGAGGUAGCAAGGCUCUCCAGAGGUCGUGGCAGCCAUGGAACGUACAGGUCUAGCCCCACAGCUGAACUGCAGCCUCGCACGGGGAGUAGGACCAGGAGCCCAGAGCUGUUCUCAUCCCUCUCCCGCCCGCCUUCUCCUCUGAGCCUUCCCCGUCCUCGUUCUGCUCCCGCACGGCGACCCCCUCUCUCAGCAGGAGAGAUAGCAUUUCCUGCCCGACCUCACACUCCCUUGAGUCGCAUCGAUGUCCGACCUCCUCUGGAUUGGGGGCCCCAAAGACAGACCCUUUCUCGACCACCCACUCCACGCCGUGGACCCUCCUCCGAAGCUGGCGGAGGGCGGCCACCCAGGAGUCCCCAACCCUGGGGACAAGAGCCUAGAACACAGUCUACCCAGGCCUCCUCUGAUUCUUCCACCUAUCUGCAGCUGCCUCCGCGACCCCCUGGGACCCGGGCCUCCAUGAUUUUGCUGGAACGAGAGCAGGUUUGGGACACCUACAGUGGCCUGGAGCAGGACCUGAGCACCUUAAGGGAGACCCUCGAAUACCUUCUGCACCUCGGGUCUCCCCAGGACCGAGCAGCUGCCCAGCAGCAGCUAUGGAUGGUGGAGGACACGCUGGCAGGUCUAGGUGGCCCCCAGAAACAGCCCCCACAUACUGAGCCCAAGUCUCCAUCCCCUGCACCCCAAAGAGAGGAGUCAUCAGAGCGGGAGAGCCUUCCGGAGUCACUGGAGCUUAGCCCCCUUCAGUCCCCUGAGGUGGACUGGGGUCGACCCCCAGGAGGUGACAGAGCCCUCCUCAGCCCUCACUCAGGUGUUGAGUCUCCCAGGGUCUCCCGAGCAUCCAGUCCUGAAGGUCGUCAACCUUCAUCCCUGAACACUAAGGUCCCCGUGGCGCGGCCUCGCAUGAGUGCGCAGGAGCAGCUGGAGCGCAUGCGCAGAAACCAAGCCUAUGGGCUUCCUUUUCCUCGUCCGGCCUCCCCGAGACUGCUGACCCUGGGGAGGGCACUGUCACCAGCUGGACGCCAGCUUGAUUUGGAGCAGAGGCCUGUUGUAGGAGCUGCACAAUGGCUCAGGAGUUCUGGAUCCUGGAGUAGCUCCAGGCCCUCCACAACCUGCAUGCCAACACCCAGAGGCCACCGGGAGCGGGUCCUCAGUCUCUCUCAGGCCCUAGCUACAGAGGCUUCCCAGUGGCGCAGGCUGAUGACUGGCUCUCCAGGGGUAAAUUCGGACUCCAGGGGAGACUGUCUCCCACCAGGCUCACAACCUCCCAGUGAAGAAGUGCACCAGGUCACCUCGUCCCCAGCAUCUCCCAAGGCUAACUCUGCCCCAGGGAGCAGGCGAGGCCUGGCCCAGUGGGAACCCAGCUGGGACCCUGGGAACACCCCGGCUGCGCCACUGCAGGAUCAGGGGGCAUGGCCCCUGAGAGUCACUCUGCUGCAGUCCAGCUUUUGACUUUCUCUUUGCACACCGCUCCUGUGUGACACAAGCAGGGUGCACAGCCUUGAGGUGUAAGAUCAGUCAGGACCACGGGGAGAAGUGUGUUCCAAACAGGUGUUCUAGGAGGGCUGGAGCUACAGUGGUCAGACUGAUUAUCCCCACACUGUCCAAGCUAUUAGUCAAUAAACAUCUUUAUUCUCUCUAAGGCUGUGCCAUUGUGAUCAGGGCCUUAGGUUCACAGGUAUAGAGGAAACUGCCUGACACCGUUUUGAAGGCAGGAGCCGGUAUGCUGUAUUUUUAAAAACAAAUUUCCAUUUACUGUGAGAGUUGAAUUGCUCUCUGUUUCUUGGAACCUGACCUUCCCCAACCCAUGACGUUGAUUUGGUGUUGAGAAUACCCUGGCCCUCUUUGACCCCUUGGAGGGUAACCAUACGAUGUUUCUUUAAGAUUUUUUAAAUUCCUUUUUAGCCCAUUGUCUGCACUCUGUCAAACUACUCAUGCUUUUACCCUUCAAAGGGGCCCACGUGGAUUCUCUACUGUUCUCUUUAACCCAAUUUAGGAGGCAGUCGCUGGCCAGCUGUUCCGGGCACCCCAACCCCAAUAAAAAUCAAGUUUGCUUCAAA